AUGGAAGCUCUGUCUUCCCCUGGUCGAUCCGAUCCCCAGCACUCGGUCGUAGGGCUCGGAAGCAACCUGUUUCGACAGAUCCGCCAAGGCUGCAACCAGGACAAGGAGACGCUCGACCUGGAUCACGACGCGGAUGAGAUCGUCAUCGGCCCCGUCGCUUGCGUCGGCAUUGACGCUCAACACCAAGCCAUCCUCGGCGUCGUGGCCGCCAACUGGUCCCAAAUCAUAUUCCGCUCCGCGCGUCCCGACUCGCUCAUCGCCCGGGGUUACGACUACCAGUCCCUUCAACUACACCUCGACCGCAUCUGUGCCCAGCCCUGCAACGACUCGAAGGACAGAACAGUGAUAGCGUGGCUCGGCGAAGAUGCCUUCACCGCUUACAUCGAUACCGAUGGGCUGCUGCAACAGCUGGCCCCGGUGAGCAACGCAAGUGAGGGGCCACGUCGGAUCCACGGCCUCGGCCCCUGGCGCACCGCGGCAAUGGACAAGCGCGGAAGGAUCGUGGCCAUCGACCUUGCCGGCAACGCCUAUCUCUUCGCCUCGGUUUCGGAGAUGAUGGCGGCGGCUAAUGCUGUCGAUUCCGCUGAACUUGAAGACCUCCAGCAUCGCUACCGCUUCGCCUUCCCCGGCGCCCCAGAUUCGCGGCCCGUCUUCACCGCAGUUGUCGCCGGCUGGGCACACUUCGUUCUCGUGGCCGAUUCCGCCAUCUGGCCUCUAUGGGCGCUAGGGGACACGCGAUUCGGAGUGGUGCCAAUGCCACCUCGCCUCUCGACGGCAGCAAAGGGAGCUGCGGGCCGCCUUGACGGACGAGAGGAGCGUCCAGACGAGGAACUGCUGGUACCGCUCGAGUUCUUCUCUCGCUUCCGCGCCGGCUUUCCCACCUCGGUGGCGCAGGUCGCUUGCGGAGGCAGGCACGUCCUGGUCCGUACUGACAGCGGCGACGUCUACGGCUGGGGCUGGAACGGACAGGGUCAGAUCUGUCGGCUCCAACAGCAGCCCGGCGGCGUCCACGACGAGGCCCUCACGCAGCCCGUCUUGGUCGAGCUGCCGGUGCAACGGGGCCAGGCGGAGCCCGUCAUUGUCGACAUUGCCUGCGGAUCGGAUCAUUCGGUGCUCGUCGGUCAACACGGAGAGCUCUGGAUCGCUGGCUCAAACGAGCAUGGCCAGCUCGGCAUGUCAUGGCCGUCGAGGCAGAGCAGUCCGUCCGACGCAGACGAGUCGCUGCCAACCAGCCUGGACGCCGGCGAGCGAGCCUCCUCUGCUACACAAUGGAGACCCUCGCAACAUCGAGCGAUCUCACAGACGGCAACUCAAUGGCCAUGCAGCGACGGCCCGAUAUCUCAUCCAGCCUUCGGACCGCGGAGGCCAUACGCAGCUCAGCACGCCAUCUGCGGCGGCUGGAACACGGUCAUUGAUGUUGUUACCUCGACAGAGCCGGAACCGUGCAGCGCAAAGACGAUGGCAGAACAUGGACCGGCGUAG